UUCAUUUACAAAAACCACCAUCGAAGCGUCCAACUUAAACCACAAAAUACCAACGUGAAAAAAAGAAAGUUGUUAUAUGGAUAGACGGUUACGCUUACUCGCAUCAAGGGCGAGACCUCAUAAUUACCGUUAGAUCUGCUUACUACAAAACAGUCAAAACUCCUCUCUUCUCUAACCUCUGUAUCCCCCCUUGAGGGUUUAUCGAGUUUGGGAUUGUCAGAAAGAAAGAGAAGACCGCUAGUGUCACAGUGCUAAAAUAUGUUGUCAAGAUGGAGCAGAGCUGCUGCCUCUCAAGUAUCGAACCUUCGCUCUCUAACAAACGCCACCAAGCUCCGCAAAGAUCAUCUUUUUAUUCCACGCCUAACCUAUGCCAAGGCUUCUGCUGCAGUUGUAUCACCCGCUCCUAAUGAUUCUACACACAACACUUUCCCUUCCAACUCACCGGUAAAGUUGGAUAAAAUGUUUUGGUCAAAGCCCUGCUCUUUGGCUUUAGCCUUAGACUCUCCAAUCAGGGUUUAUGAGCCAGAAUUUCAAGGCAUUAGGCGUUUUAUGCUAAAGUUAAUGCUUUUCUAUAGUAAACAAAGCAAAUCUAUUAGACGGGCAAAUGUGGUAUAUCGCCGCAUCAUUUCACGAGUGAAUAAGCCAACAAUUUAUGAAGUAUUCAAUUUGGAGAAGACGUUUAAAAUGACAUUCUCGUUGCUUGUACUCCAUAUGUGGCUUGUCUUGCGCCGUUUGAAGCAGGAGGGACAGGAAGGGGUUGAAUUUGGGCAGUAUUUGUAUGAGAUUUAUAAUCAUGACGUUGAGCUCAGAGUCUCUAAAGCAGGGGUUAACUUACUGUUGACAAAAUGGAUGAAAGAAUUGGAGAAAAUAUUUUAUGGAAAUAUUGUUGCUUAUGAUGCUGCCCUGCUUCCAGAGGCUAAAUCUGAUGAGCUAGUGAAGGUGAUUUGGAGGAAUGUCUUUUCUGAUGAUGGUAGUUCGGAGCCAGAUGCUACUGCAUUACACGCUGUCCAGGCAAUGGCGAGAUAUGUACGCCGGGAAGUCCAUUGUUUUUCACUAACAGACAAAGAAGCCAUAUUAUCAGGGAAUUUCACGUUCACCUCCUUGGAAAACACAACACCUGAUGCAACAAGGAGGUAAAUGGAAGAGACUAAGGAAGGUAUUGGUCGAGUCCCAUCAAAGACUCUGAGAUUAGAAGAACAUUCUGUGGAGAAAAAUAAUGCUCUUCUCAUGUGUUAUACAAGAUGCAUAAGCCAAAUUAGAAUCUUAUUAAAUUCUUUUUAUUUUUUCUUACCCUUGAUUGUUAAAAUAAAAGUGACGAGCAAGUAGAUACUGCUGUAUAAUGCCUUUCUUUUUUUUUUUUUAUUUGGUAAAAGAUUCUAGCAAUGGCUUUAGGUGCAGAAGCAAGAUGUGCGUAAUAUAAUGGUUGCAAGCUGGAAUGUUUGGAAGCAUUAUUCACUUGUUUGUUGCUUUGAUGCAACUAUCUUCCUUUAAUUCUGUUACAAUAA